AUGUACCAUCAGCAGCAUCGCAGUACAACUGAACAAAAACUUCCACCGGCAUACCCUUCACUCAUUCCAUGGCUUGGAAACGCAAUUCCGUAUCUUGUCAACAAUGCUGCUUUUCUACAAACCGCUAGUUCAUAUGACGGCAAACCAACUCCUUCCAAAGUUACAAUAGCAGGGAAAGAGUUUUAUCUCUUUUCAGGUCGCGAGGCCGUACGGAAGCUCUGGAAAUCGCAGUCUCUUUCCAGCCCGAUACCAUUCUACGUCCACGUGCUAAGACACUUCUUUGGCAUGCACGAACGUGCGCUCGCAACUUAUCAAGCUGAUAAUUCUGGCGCAUUUCCGCAGCCUUUUCCGGGCAGCAACGUUCCGGAGAGAAAUCGUGUAGACCGUUUUACCCACCAAGGAUUCAAACAGGCAUUUUCUGGGCCGGCACUUGCUCCGACUACACGGCGGUUUACGGAAGAUCUUGUCAGGAGAUUUGACGGUCUUUCAUUCUCAAACGAGUGGACGGAGAUGCCAGAUCUGUUGGAGUUCUUCCGCACCAUCCAUGGCGCGGCCCUACUUCAAGCAAUCUUCGGGCCUUCGCUAUUGAAGAUCAAUCCAACCUUCAUUGAGGAUGUUUGGAAAUUCGACGAUUCGGUUCCCUGGCUCGCUCGCAUGAUACCUUCUUUUAUCCACCCGGAGCCGUAUCGAGCUAGACAAAGGGUCCGCGAGCAACUGAAGUCGUGGUACAAGUAUGCGAGAGCAAACUUUACCGAGGACUGCGUUUAUGAAGACGGAGAUGGCGACCCGUUCUGGGGCUCUGAGUUGAUACGAUAUCAGCAAAAGAAGUAUCUUCAGGCUGAUAACUAUGACGACGAUGCUCUUGCAUCUGCGGACUUAGCUUUGGUGUGGGGCACGGUUGGAAACGCAAUUCCCACUACAAUGCUUUCAGUGUAUCACAUCUUCAAGGAUCCCGCUCUUCUCGAACGCGUACGCGACAAUCUUGAAGUUGACUUCGGCCAAACCGCACCGCUCGACAUGAACGUCACUGAACUGAUUAAGAGCCCGCUACUGUCUUCGGUGCAGGCGGAGGUACUCCGACUUUACGUUAACGUCUGCGUCAUGGUGAGCUCGCCUCAUGCCGACGUUUCCCUUGGGAGAUGGUGGUUGCCAAAAGGAGCUGCCGCCUUGGUGAGCUCCGGCAUCUCGCACAUGGACGAGAAUUACUGGAACACCAGAGACGGCGUUCAUCCAGUGCAGUCUUUCUGGGCCGAUAGGUUCAUAAGCUACCCUCAGGACAUCUCUAGUGGUCCAGUGCAGCCGAUGGCGAGAGACAAGUAUCUGGCUGAUCCACAGAGCACUGAUGGAAAACCCUCUUUCUCCCUGCAAGGACUCGAAGCAUCUUGGAUGCCGUACGGAGGCGGGAACGCAAUUUGCCCAGGACGAUUCCUAGCUAAAAGAGUGAUAUUGUUCACUAUCUCAUUGAUGACAAGAGAGUUUGACAUAGAACUACUUCCGCACACGCUGGAAAUGGGCGCCUGGAAAUUUGGCAUGGGUGUUGAAAAACCAAAGAAUGCGAUCCCAUUUCGCAUCAGGAAGAGAACUUGA